GCAAGUGUCACCCAGAGGGUUCCAGCCUCUGUGCUGCAUAGACUACAGCGGUGAUGGCGGGCAGGCGGUUUGGCUGGAGCCGGGCAGCUCUUCUCCAGCUCAUUCUUGGUGUGAACCUGAUGGUGAUGCCACCCACUCAGGCCCGGACUCUGCGUUUCGUUACUUUGCUGUACCGACAUGGAGACCGCUCUCCAGUGAAAACGUAUCCCAAGGACCCCCAUCAGGAAGACAAAUGGCCCCAGGGCUUUGGUCAGCUAACCAAGGAGGGGAUGCUGCAGCACUGGGAGCUGGGCCAGGCUCUGCGACAGCGCUACCAUGGCUUUGUCAAUGCCUCUUACCACCGGCAAGAGGUUUAUGUGCGAAGCACAGACUUUGACCGGACGCUUAUGAGUGCGGAGGCCAACCUGGCUGGACUCUUCCCGCCCGAUGGGAUCCAGCGCUUUAACCCAAACAUCUCUUGGCAGCCUAUCCCUGUUCACACCGUGCCCGUUGCCGAGGACAGGCUGCUGAAGUUCCCCUUGGGCCCAUGCCCCCGCUUUGAACAGCUGCAGAAUGAGACCCGGCGGACGCCCGAGUAUCAGAACGAGAGUGUUCAGAAUGCACAAUUCCUGGAUAUGGUGGCCAAUGAGACGGGGCUCACGGACCUGACACUGGAGACCGUCUGGAAUGUCUACGACACGCUAUUCUGCGAGCAGACACAUGGGCUGCCCCUGCCACCCUGGGCCUCGCCCCAAACCAUGCAGCGUCUGAGCCGGCUGAAGGACUUCAGCUUCCGCUUCCUCUUCGGGAUCUACAAGCAGGCAGAGAAGGCCCGGCUGCAGGGGGGUGUCCUGCUGGCUCAGAUACGGAAGAACCUGACGCUGAUGGCAACCACCUCCCAGCUCCCUAAGCUGCUGGUCUACUCUGCGCACGACACCACGCUGGUGGCUCUGCAGAUGGCAUUGGGCGUCUACAACGGCGAGCAGGCCCCCUAUGCGUCCUGCCACAUGUUUGAGCUGUACCAGGAGGACAGUGGGAAUUUCUCGGUGGAGAUGUACUUCCGGAAUGAGAGUCACAGGGCCCCCUGGCCCCUGACCCUGCCCGGCUGCUCUCACCGCUGCCCGCUGCAGGACUUCCUCCACCUCACAGAGCCGGUCGUGCCCAAGGAUUGGCUGCAGGAGUGCCAGCUGGCGGGCGGGCCUGCAGACACAGAGGUGAUCGUGGCCUUGGCUGUCUGCGGCUCCAUCCUCUUCCUCCUCAUAGUGCUGCUCCUCACCGUCCUCUUCCGGGUGCAGGCCCAGCCUCCUGGCUACCGCCACGUCCCAGACGGGGAGGACCACGCCUGACAACCACUCAGCCCCCUUCCCUCUGCCUCCUAGGGGAGGUGGGCUGGGCCCUUGCUCCUGACUGUUGCUGCUCCCCAGCCCAUGGACAGGAGACCCUGGGUUGGGCCUCCCUCUGAUCACCACACCUAGAUGAACAAGUGAGGCUCAGCUUGGCCCGAGGCACCUGUCACCCGGCAUCCACGUGCCCGACGUUAACCAAGUACUGUGUCGGACACUGGCUUCCUCCAAACAGGAUUUGCCUCCUCCGUGCUCCCUUCUAAGGACGUCAAAUGUAGAUAAGUGCUCGUUUCACUCAGGACCUAGGAGAAAAAGACUGAAGGAGACGGUGCUUGAUCUGCUUUGCCUCUCCAUCAAACCCUGCUCUCUCUUCCAACCCAGAGUCUUUGGCAGAUGGCCCCAAGGACACGGUCUUGCCUCUCACCUCUCAGUGCUUAUUUUAGCGGGAAGAACGGCCCAACACUGGGGGUACAAACACUGGCCGCCAGGGAACCAGAUCACCCAAGAGCCAGCCAGUGAAGUCUGUCCAGCUGAAGCCACCGUUAACUCGAAUGAGACAUAAUGCUUUCAGCAUCUUUGUCACCCCUCACCUUGAGCCGGUUGGAAGGAGGUUUGUGCUUGGGAGGGAGUCGGGGAUGGCGGAGAGGGGACGGUGAGUUGUGGUACAGAAUCCUGAAAUCACCGUCCCCACCCUUAGUGGGGCUGGGAUCCCUAGGUUGUGAGCUGAACAGCUCUAGACUGUGGCCCAGAAUAGCACUGAGACAGCUUCCAGAGAAUGAAGGUUUGGGACUCCCAGUGCUGGUUCUAUGCCUUUUCUUCAUUCUGGGGAGCUGAGAAGCCCUUUGACCAGAUCAGAGCUAGAAGAUCCACUCAGAAGCUCACUGGGUAUGUUUUAUUGGCUGUGUGAAUAGCGAGCACAGAUCAAAAACCACUACCUGAGCACUGAGUGUCAGAGAGGAGAAAGGAGAGAAGCUCGGCUCCAGGCCACGUACAGCAGAGGCCCUUGGCACAGCAAGUCUGCCAACUCUGGAGUUCCUGGAGCUCAGCCCACGCGCGUGUCCAGUCCCCAUGUCACGGUCCCAGUGCCCCAGCUCCAACGCUGGGACUCCGAUACCUCGGCCCUUUAACACGAAGCCGCCUCUCGUCAAAGAACUUGUUCUCGUGGGGCUCCAAGCCCCUGCUUGGCCCCCGCUUCAUUAACGUCUCUCAUUUCUGAGUCCCAGCAUCCUCCGGGCUCCAAACGAGAAUGUGAUAACCUAGGAAGAGUGAGACCAGAGGCACCUUCCAUCACCAGCCUCUGAGAACUUGGAGCUGGCGUGGGGAACCUGGCACUUGGUCAGGAGACACCAGGAAUCUGGGCAGCAGCCAGGCAUUGCUGUGGCUAAGACUCAGCGAGAAGGACGGCCCUCGGUCCAAAGAGACCGUGGGCUCCUGGUUGCCAUCUUCACUGACUAUAUCCUGGGGGUGGCUGGAGCAAUGCUAAGCUGGGGUGAGCCUGCACUGAACCUUGGGGAGUAGGCUGGGCUUGACCGGCCUCAUGUACACUCACCCAUCACGGAGGCCAGCGUGUCCCCCAUGGGAUUGAAUUCAUUGAGCUGCAGAGACAAGGGGAUGAGUAUGAGGAGGAAGUGGAGGUAGCAGAAGAAGGGCAUGUGAGGAGUAAUUGGUCAUUUUUGAUCCAUGAGGUUGAAUCCCUGCCUCCUCCCAUUUAUUAUUUGAGGGCCCAGGCCUCACCGACAUGAUACCAGAAGAUUCUGGGUCAUACAGCUGAUACAUGAUCUUUCCUGAGCUUCCAUCAAACACAUCGAUCGUCCUUAAUUCAUGGGGGGAACAACUUUUGAAAUUAGGAUCUGGGUAUCGGCCCACGACAAUGAGGUUGUACCGAGGAUGCCAGCUUGCCUAGGAGAUGGAGAGGCAAGUCACAGGAGUAAAUGCAGAACAGCACUGAGAGAGAGCAGAAGUACCUUUGCCACUGACAACAACGGUUAAUACAACUGCCAGCAAUUUAACAACAGAGGUAAGACCUACAUGAAACAAGAAUGGUUUUGAAGUGCACAUGCAUCUACCAUAGCAAAUGUAAAAUCCCCAGCUGACCUUCCUGUGAUCCUCAGGACACAUGCAGGCCUUCUCUCUUUGCAUUUCCUGACACUGUACCAGCUGCUAAGUAUUUUAACAUCAGUGCUACCCAAGCGAAAGCGAUGGUAUAGUUGCUCAGCCGUGUCCAACUCUUUGUGACCCGUGGACUGUAGCCCGCCAGGCUCCUCUGUCCAUGGGAUUCUCCAGGCAGGAACACUGGAGUGGGUUGCCGUUCCCUUCUCCAGAGGAUCUUCCCGACCCAGGGAUCUGCAUUGCAAAUAGGACCCCGGUUCUGAGCUCAUCCCACAGCUCUCCCUCCAACAUCAGGGAGUUGAGAAGAAAAUGGCAAGUGGCUGAAACGGGGGAGGACCUCUCUGUUCCCAGAUCACCCCACUCAAAACAAACCCAGCAGCUACUGGGAUGACAGAAGUGGAUGGGAUUUUCCCAAGAAAGCUUUUCAAAGAAGUUCUGAAGGGGACAAGACACGGUUAGCAGGAACAAAGAGGUGCUACAGGCAACGGCUUGGAAAAAAUUCACAGGUCACACCUGGGACGCUGUCGGUUGGGCUGGCUGAUUGAUGCCAAGAAGGAGAUAAGGAAGAAAGGGUCAACGGGAACACCAACUGCUGAUGGGUUGACAUUACAGACAGCUUGGAUUAGAUGUGAGGUACGUUACGCUACGCUAAGUUGCUCAGUCGUGUCCAACUCUUUGUGACCCUACGUGACCCUGUAGCCCACCAGGCUCCUCUGUCCAUGGGGUUCUCCAGGCAAGAAUACUGGAGUGGGCUGCCAUUUCCUACUCUAGGGUUGAGGUACGGUGUGGGGGCCAUUCUCAUACCAAAUCAUUAUUUCCUGAGUAUUUCCUAGGCACCAAGCAUGUUGCCACAAGCUUUAAGUACUUGGGUUCAACCUCACAACCACCACCUGUCAGUCAGAUACUAUUAUUCCCUCUUUAUAGAUGAGGACAUUGGGAUCCCUACUGUGAGUGAUUUGCUGAAGGAGUCUAACCUGGGGGGUGGGGGAAUGGGCUCUGCCUGCCUGAACUAUGCUCUACUGACUACAUACGUGCAGGCAUGAGCUCUGGAGGUCCGAAGAGGGGCUGUGGUUCUAGAAAAGAAUAUAACCUGGGCAGCAGGAGGACUGGCAGAGUUCAGACUGGCGGCCGCGGAGGGGACGGGGGGCAGCAGGCAUGGAGGACUUGAAGGUUGGAAGCCUUGGGGGUUAAGGCUAGAGAAGCCACAAAUGGCUUGGCUAACUAAGCCAAGUUAGCUCGUGGGUCAGCUGCACACACAGGUCACCGAAACUGAGGGCAGAACAGAGGGUCAGGAUCUCAGAAAGUGCCUGGGCUGCCUGGAAAGAACUCAGGAAAAUCCGCUUAUCAGAGACAUGACGAAGACUCAGCAAAACGGGCUCACGGAGCUGGACCAAAGGUGCAGAGUGAGCCAGGGUGAGAAGAGGGCUGGGGCUGCAGGCUUCCAUGUCCACCGCCGCCUCCCUACCAUCACUUACCUUGAUGGGCGUCAGGUGCUGGAAGUGGCGGUGAGGAUGUGGGAUCAGGCUUGGCGGGCAGUCCCACUGGCAAGCAGAGUAAACCCGGAUCUCACUUUUCUGGUCAGUGGUCAGGAGCUGGGCUCCAUCGGGACUGAAGUGAGCUGGCAAAGCGAAAAGCCCCUGAGCUCAAGGGACCCCAGGUGGGCCCUAUCCUGGCCCGCAGGGGCACCUCCCUCCCACUGCUUCCUAGAGAUGGGUGGCAGGGGCAUGAUCUGGGCUGUGAACAAACACCCAAGAGGCUCAGCGGCUGGGGGGGCAGCUAGAGACAGGAGGGCUCGGGACCUCGGCCUGGCCGACGCUGUGCGGGGUUAAGGCCUGGCUGAGUGGCUUCUACACUUUGCGGGAAAGGCCCUGAAACGGCGGGUCGGCGGGGUCUGCAGGAAGGCCGAGGUCUGGUAUAUCACACCUGCGUUGACAGGAUGCCUGUGCGGCAGCGAGUGGAGGAAGCUGGAUUUCCCUCUAACCUGGCGCAGGUCCCAGAUUUUCACCGUUUGAUCUACGGAGGCUGUGGCCAGGAGCCAGUCACAGCACGGGUUCAGGGCCACAUGGGUCACCUUCUUUUUGUGCAUUCUCAGAUUCCAAAGCUGCGGAGGAGAGCUCGGUUCAGGCUGGGGUGCAGAACCGAGGCUGGGGGUUGGGAAGGGGAGGGGAGGGCCUGGGCUCGCGAGAACGCACCUCCCUGCCAUCCAUGUUCAGCAGGAUCACGUGCCCCACAUUGUCUCCCGUGACCACCACUCGGCUUUUGACAGAUACGUCCAAGCUGCAGAACCAGACGCUGGAGGGAGAGAUUGUGCUGUAAGACUCUUAGGGACAGAGGCAAGUUGCAUUUAUUCACUGCUGCAGCUCAUGUCUCAUGCACAGCAGACAGUCAAUAAAUAUCCGUUGAGUGAGUGAA